AUGGCGAGUCACGGUGAUUUACAAGAGAUGCUGCGCAUGCUGACUGCACGCAAAGCAUCCAUGAUGGCGGCCAUGGGCUACAUCAGAGCACUGCAAUCCAAGAAUCUGAAAAGCAUUGAACAGAUUGCCGAGGCACCUUCAUCUAUCAUUGAAGAAGCCAUCAGUGACGUGAAGCUCGCCAAGAGCUUCCACACAGCAUGCAAGUCGCAUGGCAAGAAGGGCAGCAAGCGUGCAGCUGAGGAGCCUGCCUCUUCCGCUGGUGGUAAAAAGCCAAAGCUGGAAAUGCACAAGAGGGACUUGGACUACAACUCUAUGACGCCUGAAGAGCUCGAAGGGUCAUUGACGCUGCCUCUAUGCGAGGAUGAGGGCCUAAUCAAGGAGACGACACUAGUGACCAACAGAGCUCCUCUGGUUCUUGCAUUUGCGGUAGAGCUGCUGCGCUUCACUAUGCCAGAGCAGCCUCCGAGUAGUCGUCUAAGUCUUGCCCAGGCUGUUGUGAGUGCGAAUUCGAGGUCCAAGGCCAUAAGUAUUGGGAUUGAGAAGGCGCCUGUCGGUGGAGUACCGCCAAUACCAACUGGACAGCCGAAGGUUUCUGUUCUGGGGCGAGAAAUUCCGGUUCUGAAAAGAGGUGAUUAUACGUGGUCAGAGAGCUCUGAGAAAAAGCCAGAGACUUCAUCCGCAGAUACAGGCAAAUCAUCGUCAACAUUAACGUCUACAGCAUCUGACAAUGUAUGGGCAACCAGCAAAUCGCUUAGUUCAAAAGGAUCCGUUUUCAUAGCGCAUGCAGCGCCAAUAACGUCGCCAUCCAUGCGCACUGGUCUCAUGAAGAUCUUAUUCAACAAUUACCCCGACCUGGAAAAGACAGCUGACCACGUUGCGUGGGCGAUACGCACCAGCUUUGGCGGCUCAUCUCUCGUGCAAGAAGCUUCAUUUGAUGAUGGCGAAGCGGGCUGCGGCAAGUUUAUGCUUGAGCUCCUGCGCGAAGCAAACAUCACAAACACCACCGUUGUGCUUGCGCGAUGGUACGGCGGCGUAAUGUUGGGGCCUGAUCGAUGGCGCUUGAUGCGAGAGUGCCUCAACGAUGCGCUUUCUACUCAGCGGCGGACAGCGACGUUUUCUGGAGAGGCGCUCUGGGGGCUUGAUGCAGAAGACAAGAAGCCGGCCAUAUCUACGAUUGGCAUGGCGAUCCACCGGCCUGAAAAUGCAAGGAAUUAUCUCCUGCGGAGCUUUGCCUCUGCCAGUGCUUCUGAUGGAGGAAGCGGUGGUGGCAGUGGUAGCAGCGGCAAGAAGACCGUGGCCGCACUGAACGAUGAGAAGCAAGAGAACCUGGGGAGACUGCUGGGAGCUCUUCGACUGCUGUUUGCGAGCUGGGCCGGUGUUUUGGGCCGGGGCGAGCUUGAUCGGAGAGCAUGGAGCUGGUACGUGGCUGUUCGGCCUGAUAUAGAGGCGGGGCCGUCUGGAUGGGGAGAGAAGGGGACGUUGAAGUUGUCCAAGAUAUUAGACCUGAGACGACGGGAAGCUCCGGUGACUGAUUGA